CUCAUUCGUCGUCGCGGUGAUUUCCCUCUCAGAAGGCAGUUGGCCUCGUCGCAUGACCAGCGGGCGCAGCGCGACGUCCCGUUCAGCGCGCCGUUACGCCGAGGCGAUUGAAUAAGAAGUUGUCCAGAGGAGAUCGCUCCCUUGACUGCUGCAGCGACGUGGGACGCGGACCCGAAGACUUCUCGGAGGAGUCGGCAAUGUCCGCACCUCGGUCGCGAGGUGUCGGUGGUUUCCUUUUCGCCGAGUAGAUAAGAAAGAAAAUAAGGGACGCCUAAGUGCUGUGGCCGCGACUUGGACGGAAGCUCCGAAUACUACAACCUGCGCGGGCGGCCCAAACAUGCAGCAGCACAACAACGUCGGUCACCUAUACUCUUCGAGCCCGCAGCCAUCGCCGUUGCUGGCCAGACUCCCCGCGUUUCGCUACCCGAGCCGGAGCUCCGGCGGCAGCUUCAGCGGAGUCUCCGGAGUGCCGGGCGAAGGCGGCUACGACCAAGUCGUGGCAGUACCGUACCUGCAGACCGCGACAAUGCCUUCGCAGUACAUGUACUCGUCGGACAGUCCUUCCAACAGCCCGGGAGGCGCAAACGGAGGUGCAGGUGGUGAUGCGGGCAGCGGAGACUGCUACGCCGGCCUGGGUCCCAUCAUCCUCUUCCCGACGUCCGCCGGCCUCGUUCCGGGCAUCCCGACCAUGGUCAGCGACCCCGACCAGCCGCCCGGCACGCCGACGAGACUGGUGUUCCAACCCAUCGCGCCGCCGACGCCGGCGCCCGCGGACGUCAUGUCGAGCAAGGGUUUCGAAGAGGCGGCCCGGUACCACCUGCGGUCGUUCUCGUUCGGCGAGGAACCCAGCAAUCUCGCGACCCGCAAGGCUCGUCGGCUGUCCCGUUCGGUGCCCGAACUGAGGCCGAUCGAGCCGCCCAAGUACACCCCCAAGGUGGUGCUCGAGGACGACUACGAGACGUCGUCGGACGAAGAGAAUGUCACCGAGCAGCCCAAGAAGAAAGUGAAGGAGUCCCGCUGGGUGCACUACCUGGAUCUGGUGGCAGGAUGUUCGCGAGAGGCCGUCGGCCUGGGCAACAUCUGGAGGUUCCCAUACUUCUGCUUCGUCCACGGAGGAGGCCCUUUCAUGAUGGCGUACCUGACCCUUCUCGUGGUGUGCGGCAUGCCAAUGAUCUGCAUCGAGAUGGCUGCCGGUCGGGUGACGCAGUCUGGGCCCAUCGCUGCCAUCGCCAAGCUCUGUCCGCUCAUGAAAGGCGUGGGCCUGGCGGGCGUCGCGGCCUCGUUCUUCAUGACGGCGCUGUACGCGGUGCUCUUCUCCUGGGCCCUGUUCUACUUCUUCAAUUCGUUCCACGGCGUGCCUCGGUGGGCGAAAUGCGCGAACUCCUGGAACACCGGGCGCUGCUCCGAGGACCCCGUCACGCUGGUGAUGAGCCAGUACGGCGGCUUCCGCAACCCAGACGCCCCGCCGCCUCCGCUGACGCUCGAGUUCCCCAACGUGACGAGGCCCGCGUUCAACUGGAGCGCGGUGGUGAACGCCACGACUCCCGGGUUCCGCAUCCCGGACCUGGAGCUGGACAUGACCCCGCGGCCACGCUCCGCGUCGGCCGAGGACGACAGCUCGUGGGUCUCCUACACGCUCUCCAAGCACACCACCACCGCCCAGGAGUUUUUCGACCACAAGCUGUUGGAGAUGAGCAGCGGCAUCGACUCGCCGGGCGAGGUCCGCUGGGAGCUGCUGGCGUCGGUGGGUCUCUGCCUGUGCCUGACGUACGUGUCGCUGCGCAAGAACACCUUCUUCAGCGGCCGCAUCAAGUACGUGCUGUCGCUGGCGCCCAUGCUGGUGCUGUUCGCCUUCCUGCUUCGCGUCGUCACGCUGGAGGGCGCCACCGAGGGCAUCAUGUACAUGUUCGAGCCGAACAUCAAGGCCAUCAAGAGCGCCAGGCUAUGGAUCUUCGCCUUGGCACAAACCAUUCACUCGCUGGGUCUGACGCUUGGCUCGAACUACGUCGUGAGUUCGAAGAACAAACGCCAGAUAAGUCUCAUGAGAGACACGGUGAUUUCUGUGUUUGUGAACACGUUGACAGUCCUGGUGGUGGGAUGCGUCGUCUUCGGCACCAUAGGCCACAUCUGCGCCCGCUGGCGCCAAAGGAUUGACAGCGCCUUUCUGCACAAAGACCCUGGCAUCGUGUUCGUGGUGUACUCGGAGGUGAUCCGCAACAUGCCGGUGCCUACGUUCUGGGCGGUCUUCUUCUUUUUCUUCUUCAUCUGCGUCGCCAUGGACUCGCAGGUGACCAUCGCCAGCACUGUGGUGCAGGCCCUGGAGGAGUCCUACGGCCGCUUCAUCAAGCAGAGGUUCCAGGGUCACGGCCUCUUCCUGCUCUUCAUCUGCGUCGCCUGCUUCAUCACCAGCAUCGUGUACAUCACACAGGGCGGCAUCUACUACUUCCAAAUGACAGACUACUACGUAGCGGUGCUCUCCCUCAUACUCAUCGCCUUCCUCGAGCUCUGCGCGCUCGGCUGGUUCUACGGUGGCCACAACCUACUGAGUGGUCAGACUGAAAUCAUGCAUCACGUGCCAUACAUCUAUCUUAGGAUCUGCUGGGGACUCAUCACGCCUUUGGUCUUUGUGGCCAUCAUGGUGUGCGGAGGCAUGUCACUGACACGCCUGCGCUACCGCAACAAGCAGCACUUCCCCAUGUGGGUGGACAUCGUGGGAUGGGUGCUGUUCGGCCUCAUCGCCAGCAUUGUGCCCGUGUUCGCUGUAAAGGCCCUCCACAAGACGCAGGCGUCGGGCAUUAUUGAGCGGGUGCGGGAAGCACUGGAGCCUCAGAUGGAAGUGGAGACGCCGAGUGACUACUACUGGGAGCCCAAGCCCCUGGUGGUCAUCAACAAGGUCAAUAGCAGCAAUGGCCAAAUAGGAGGGUCCACCACCAUCAAGACAGCCAAGCCUCGCAAGACGUACGGCAGAAACGGCGAGACUGGCGUGUGAUGCACAAUGGAACAGCCAUGACGACACCGCUGCAAAUGCGCUCAGUCCAGACGGAGGCAGUUACGCACAAUACCAACAGUGACCAUGCCUCAAAACUCAAGUGGCCUCGCACUACAGGCGUACAGACUUCAGACUCCAAAGUGAACUUGAAGCCUUGUGUGCAUGUGCAACCAAACUCUAUCAGCGCUUUAGUGAGAGUGCUUGUCGUUCAAGUGCCUGUAUCUUCAACUCUACUAGUGGACAGAGAUAAAAAGAGUGCCGCAUAGACUUCUAUAGAUGGUGAUCCGCACCACAGACCUCGUACACAACUUCGCUAUCGAUGCUUCCUGUGUAUUUUUUUUUUUUUCUGGCUGGAACAUUCCCCGACCCAUAUUUUAUUUUUACGUGCACGUUUCAUACAGUGCUCAACUUUCCCUGUGCGUCGUGUACGAAUCUGCAAAGGUCAACGACCAUAUUCAUCUUUGCUCAGCUGUAUUGUGGCCACAGGCAAAGCAUUGCUGUGGCUGCCAACAGAUUAUGAGGCACUUUGCCACUGAAUGGAACUUUGCACAAAGUGCACUAGGUCACAUGCCAGCGCAGGUUGGGACUUUGCCAAAUUGCGACUGUUGUCAAUGGACUAUUAGUGAAAAAUUAAACAGUAUUCCAAGGGUUG